AAAGGCUCCGUGGCCAGGCGGGUAGCCCGCACCAGCUGGUGCGUCCCAUAAGCCCUGUCCAUCCUCAGAGAUGCUGCCAGGGCUGCCCUCCCUUCUGGGCUUGUCUGUGCUGUGGCUGAGCGGCGUCGCCCGGCAGGGAGCCUCAGAGCAGUCUAUAAAGUGUUUUCCUGAGAUGGGUCCAUCUGCAGAGUGGAAGGUCAAAAACAGCCUGACUCCAGGAGGGCUGCAGACCCUCCAUGUGGAUUCGGUUGCCAGCCCCGAGACCAAUUCAGAUGCAGUCCUUUUGAACAUAAGCUGGACACUCAAGCAAGAUGGCAGCAUCCAGAUGCUAAAGGCCACCAAGAUCUGUGUGGAUGGAAAAGGCCAAUUCUCAUCCUACAGCUGUGUGAGAUGCAAUUACACAGAAGUAUUUUACAAUCAAACCCCACCCAAUGGCAGCAAAUGGCAGUUUCAUUACAUUGGAUUCUCUAUAAAGCCAGAAACCUCUUAUUUCAUCAGAGCCCAUAAUAUCCCACCUGCAAAUAUGAAUGAAGAUACUACAGCCAUGUCUGUGAAAUUCAUCUCACCAGACUGUCAAGACCCAGUGAUGAAAUAUACAAAAAAGUGUCAAGAAUAUGGGAGCCUGUGGACCCCAAACAUCACCGCAUGUCAGAAGGACAAGAGUGUGGAGGUGAAUUUUAGCACCAGCAGCCUUGGGUUCAAAUACUUGGUCCUGAUUGAAAACAACAAUGAUGUCCUAGGAAACAGUGGCAUUCUAGAGCUGAACCAGAGCCAGGCUUCUGUGGUCAUCACAGUGACGGCAGAGGAAGAGAAAGGGGCCCUGGUGCAGAUAAUUCCUUAUUUCUCUACAUGUAACAAUGACUGCAUACGGCGCAGAGGGACUGUGUCCAGCUGUCCAGAAAUCAGACAUCCAGCAAACUUGGACAAAAGCCAACCACGGAAACAUCAGAUGUUCCUCAUCCUCCCUACUCUGAGUGUGGCCGUAUGGGUGAUAGCAGUUGGACUUUAUCUUCUGUGGAGGCACGAAAAAGUCAAGAAGAUUCUUCACCAUGCACCCACACUCCUCCCACCCAUUAAGGUACUCCUCGUAUACCACCCCCAAGCCUGCUUCUAUCACACCGUCUGCAAUUUUGCCGAGUACUUGCAGGAUCACUGCAGAAGCGAUAUUAUCCUGGACCAGUGGCAGAAGACGAAAAUUGCAGAACUGGGCCUGGUCUUGUGGCUCACGACCCAGAAGAAGGAAGCCGACAGAAUCGUGUUCCUCCUCUCCAGCCGGGCGGACACGUGUGACAGCUCCUGCCACCCAAGUGCGGGCAGGCAUGGGGAGAGCUCUCAAGACCUCUUCGCUCUAGCAUUUAACCUUUUCUGCAGUGACCUGAGAAGCCAGACUUCCCUGGACAAGUACCUGGUCGUCUCGCUUGGGGAGGCUGCCUUGGCCGAGGAUCACAGUGCACUUAGCAUUUGUCCCAGGUACCAGCUCAUGAAGGACGCCAACCCCUUCUGUAGAAACCUGCUUGCCAUCAGCCCUGGGGACCUGGCACACGCCUCAGGGCCAGCUCACCCCCAAUAGGAGACAAUGGACCAGAGCACACUUCAGGAAGCAGAGGGGAAACCUGCUCAUGAACUUCCUUUGUGGCCACACAAACACUGAGUGAAAUGGGGCCAUUGUUCAGUAACACCUUGGCCUUUUGGAAGGGGAAUG